CAUCAGUAUCACAAGAAAUGACUAAUCGUAAUGACAAGUAUGUUAUGAAUUCUCCAAUUGGGAAAAUUUUGAUUGAAGAAACUAGUCCAUCUAUUAUGUCUUCUAUGCCUCCAAAACAACCAUUUAUUGAAUAUAUAAAUUUGCCAUCACCUGCUGUAUCUCAUCGUUCAAACACUUCACCAUUAUCUCGACGUUCAAACCCUAUACCAUUAACUCGUCCUAUAAAAAAAGUUUUAUUUCCAAAUGUUGAGUCCCAAGGGUCAAAUCGUUCAUCUAAAUAUAAUACAGAAUAUGACUGUGGCAUGACUGAUACAGCAUUCAAAAAUGUUGUUGUCAGUUUCUUAACUAAAGUUAAGCAUGAAAUUUCUGCGAUACAUUCAACUGUGAAUUCAAGCUAUAUGGUGUUGGAAGGAUUUAUUAAUAACUUUGGACAAUCAAGAGCUACAGAAAUAGCUAUGCAGUAUGAGAAUAGAUGUAGUUUAGACGAUUUCUUCCCAAUUACUAAUGAAGAAGAUUUACAAAUACUUAACAAUAAAAUUAAGUCUGAUAAACAAUUUCGAUUAAAUAUGGUUUCCAAGUUAUCAUUACUCGUGGGUACAAAAGAUGUUGGUGAUAGCGUGAGACGACUUAUGGGACGUAUGUUUAUUGAUGAUGUAUUAACCGAGUAUUCUCUUCUGGGAAAAAAGAAGAAAAAAAACUUCUCAGAAUUGCCUGUUUAUCAACUAUUGAUAGAUGCAUUAAGAAUCCAUCAAAAAUACAAAGAUAAGAUCAAUAAAGAUUUUAAUGACCCAUUAGCAAACUGGCUCAAUCACUCUAAAUUUAGGCUUCUGAACAAAGCAGUUGAAAAAAGUAACAAACUAUAA